AUGAAAAUUCAUAAAUUUAUAAAUAUUACUAUUUGUACAUUUUUUUUGUUGGAUAUAAUAAAUGGUGCUGUCCUAUUAGAAUAUAGUAUUGGACGUCCAAUCCCAAUAAAAGAUGAACAAAAUAAAUGUUUUUUUACAUUCUCUGUUCUAGUAUCUCAUCCAGAACCAUUAGGUGCUACUGAUUUCACAAUAAAUUUACCUUCAUAUUCUCAAUUGUUCUCAACUCUAGUUUCAUGGGGUAUCAAUAGUACAAUUCAGUUGUUUAAUUUUCACACAUUUCAAGAUUAUGUUGCAACAGUUGAUCUUGGUCUCAUCAUAAAUACAUCGUCAGGUCCAGUUCCGAUUACAGUUCCUGGUUUUAAAUGUUUAGAAAACACUCUUUUAGAUUUCGAUAUAAAUAGUUUUACUCUUAAGAAAAUAGGUAGUCCACAAAUGCACUCAACCAAAAAUAUUUUUGUAUUUUUGGAAUAUGAUUUUUCCCAAGCAUCACUUCUUAUUAAUAGUUACAUUGAAAUCUCGUGCACAACAAUAACUCCAUUUGUUUGUUACUUGGCACCUGUUAAUCAAUAUCCAAAUGUACAAAUUUUGUAUAUUAGUAUAAACAAGGAUUUUUUGACACUUCCUGAAGAAAUACCUAUAACUUUAACUCUUCGAGGCCAAGAUUUAAAAUUUAAUGUUUCAAAUAUAUUCCCAUAUAAUGUUACUAGAACUUCAGUUGUUAUAAAAGAGAUUGAAUACCCUCCAUCCGGUGCAAAUCUAACUCAAGAUUUUCAAUUAUUAUAUUAUGAUUUGGUUAGUUAUUUAUUCAUAGAGAAUUCCAAUUCAUUUUUUUAUAUAAUGAAUUUUGGCUAUGGUCAACCAGUAUUUCAACCAUAUAUUCUUUUACAACAAAAUCAAACUCAUUCAACCUAUUUCCAAAAAAUGUCCUUCCAAACUAUUGCUACCGGUACAUUAAUUCCAGUGAUGCUUGAUAAUAGGAUUACCAAUAUAUCUAGUGAUUAUAAUUCAACAAACCAAAAUACAUAUAUAAAUUUACCCCUUAAUUCAUCAAUUGGUUAUGUUCCGAAUUUAGAUUGUUACUUAGGAUAUUCUUCUUUUGAAAUGCCAAUGAUUUCAAAACCAGUUAUUAGUACACCUUAUUCUUUCAAUACCUAUUUAUAUUUUCAAAAUCCAUACCCAUACGCUUAUUCGAAUGGUUCUUUUACAUACUCUGGUGUUUUUCCUCUUAGCAUGGAAUUUCAAACUGAUUCAGUUUUUAUAACAUAUACCCCAGGAGGAAUAUCAACCAUAAAUAUAUCUAAAAUCAGAAAAACGAGUAAUAUAGUGUUAUAUGAUGUUACAUAUGGCAAAGCACAAUGGUAUUCUUUCAUGGCUAGACUUAAUAUCUCUUCAGUGUGUCAAGUUACUGCUAUACAAAUAGGUGGUUCUAGCUUUAUGCUUACACCACUUAUUUAUGGAGAUUAUUAUAAUGGUAUCUAUGAAUUUGAAGUAGCUCCCAGCACUACUUUAAAUGAGUAUAAAAUUACCAUUAAUGAUGCUUGCUCUAGGCAGUCUAUAUUCACCAGCUCCUUGUUAUAUGUACCUGUUCAAGGACAGAGUUCACUUUUGUAUUUUCCAGAAAAUGUUGAAUUUCAUAUUGACAUAAGGAACAUUACUUAUUUCAAACUAUCGAGAAAUGUGUUUGAUUUAAGCAAUGGUGAUGUAAAUGGAACACUCUAUUUUAAUUUGAGCCACCCAGUCAAGGAAAUGGAGCCUAUGUUUGUCAUUUCUUACCUUUCUUCUACCUUUUAUGGAAAGUAUGAUUCCAACUUGAAUUUAUAUAUAAUCGACUUUACAAUUCCCAAAGGAAUGAUGCCUGGUAAAAUGUACUAUGGUAUUGAUGUACUAGUUACAGUUAUAGAAUCAACAAUGUUGGAAUCAUACUUUAAUGAUAGUGUUGCAAUAACAGUUACAAAUUCAGCCGGUGAUUUUAUGGAUCCAAUUCUAGAAGAGAUUCAUGCAUUCCCAAAUAACAAUUACAGUAUUGGUGAAUCAGUUGUCGAAGAUAUCGGAUGGAAUUUAAGAAUCACAGACUUCCCAAAUGGAUUUUCAUUUGGAACUUUGGAUAUCAUUUCAGAUCAUGAUUUAUUACCAAUUAAAGUAAACUUUAGUGGACAAUCAUCUCGUAUUUCAGGAAAUGAAUUUGAUGGUGUUUAUGCCAUUAGAUUUUCAGUGAAUGGUACAUGUCGAACCCAAACCUAUACAAUUGCAAAUGUUCUAUUAUAUGAUAAUUUUGCCUAUAAAAGUGAAUAUCUCUCAAACAUGAACCCAUUGACAUCGAUUUUCGGUUCACAAUAUGCUGAUCAACUAAAGUUACAACUCAAUUGUUUGACAAGUAUGAUUGAUAAUGAUGCACCAAUUAUGACAACAUUUGACUUUUCACCAAUCUCAGUUGAUGUUGGUUCACUCAACAGAAAUAUUAAAUUUUCAAUGAAAAUUAAAGAUGUUGGACCAUCUGGAUUGUCACUGAGACACUCUCCAAUAAUUCAAUUGGCAUCAGAUAAUGCAGAUUUAGUUCAAGUUACAAUGAAUUAUAUAUCUUCGAUAAAUGGAGAAUAUGUUUUCGAAUCUCAAUAUCAAUUACCAUAUGGUUUUGGAAUGAAUGUGAUCACCGUUAGUAUCUUUGGAUUGGUUGACAAUUUCAAAAACUAUCGAGGAUACAACACUUUUGACUUGAUGAACAGUACAUCUUUAUGGCCAUAUUCAAUUCAAAGAACAAUGACUUUAACCAAUCCAAUUUUGGAAAGAGCCUUGAAAUUGACAAACAAAGGUGGAGUUUUAUAUGUAUAUGGAAGAAAUUUUGGAUUGGAUUCAUCUGGAUUUUCGACUACCAUCAACUUCCAAGAUGGGAAAGGAUUUUUAAAUGUUGAAUUCGAUUCUUUCUUUGCAACCAUGUUAAAGUUUAAUAAUAUUCCACCAAUUUCAUCAAAUAAUAUAUCAAUGAUUGUCACAAAGAAUGGAAUCAGUUCGAAUGAAUUAAUCAUACCAAUUGAGAAUGCAAAUCCAAACCCAAGCAACACACCUACACCUACGGCCACUCCAUCAACAACACCACAACCACAAAAAUGUCCAGGAACACCAGAAUGUAACAACAAUGGACAAUGUAUCAACUCAAUUUGUAAAUGUUAUGAUUCUUGGUAUGGUCCAUCAUGUUCUUCAAUACCGAUUCCACCAGCAUAUCCAGAACCAAUAACAGGAAUAAAUAUAACAGAAUCUGGAAGUUUAAUCACAACAUCGAUCGAAAUCAUUGGAGUCAGAGAAUUGGAUGCAACAAUGAAUGUUGUUCAAUCAUUCAACAUCAGUAAAUGGAAUUUCACAGAUCUCAGCACAACAUCGAGCAAUCCAAAGUAUUUCUAUUCAACUCAACUCAACCAAAGAUCAACAUUAUUGAAUGUAUCGAUUGAAUACUUCAAAAACUCAGGUAAUAUCACAUUUGCAGGCGAACAACUCUUCAUUCCAGCUUCGACAAUCAAAUUCUCAAUGAAUAUGAGUCAUUAUGAUUUCAAAGACCAAACGAAUCUCAUUCAAAUAUUGAUGAAAUCAUCGAUUCAAACCGAUAACUCUGAUGCUUGCUCAUCGGCUGGUGUUGGUAUUGUCGAUAAGAAUGUUCAAUGGAUCAAAUUGAAUGUUGAUGAAAGUAGUCUUUAUGGAAGAUUUUUGUCGAAAGGUGUCAUAGACAACAGAGUCAGUACCAUUCAGAAUGUCAUUAUUGAAGAUGAAGACGAAGAUCAAACCAAACAAAUGAGAUCGGUAAUCGUUGGUAUCAUUUGUUCAUCAUUUGAAGAUUCUAUCAAUUUAGACCCUGAUUUCUCGAAUCUCAUUGAUGUCGGAUCUUCAGACACCUCUGAUUUCAUUUGUUCAUCUUCAAACAAGUUAAGUAAUGGUGCAAUUGCUGGUAUUGUUGUUGGUGUUAUUGUUUUAAUCUCCAUCGUUGUUGGCUCUGUUCUUUACAUCAGAAAAAGAAAGAAGUUCAAAGAACAAGAAUUAAGAAUGAAGCAAAGAUUAUCAAACUUAAAUAAAGAUCUCUAA